UACUUGACACGUGCGUUGAUAUUAUCCGCGAAUUUACGAGCGUAGACGUCCCUGAGUGGUCUCCCCAUAAAAUCACCAUGGUCCGCGUGGACUUUUCCCAGCUGGUAGGACUGCAGUCGCAGCCGGAGUGUAUCCGAAAUAUUUGCAUCCUAGCGCACGUAGAUCAUGGUAAGACGACGCUGGCCGAUUCGCUCAUUGCCAGCAAUGGAAUCAUCUCGCAUCGAUUGGCCGGAAAGCUGCGCUACAUGGACAGCCGGCCGGACGAACAGGAACGACAAAUCACGAUGAAAAGCAGUAGCAUAGCAUUGUACUACGAGGGUCAUCUGGUGAACUUGAUCGAUUCGCCCGGGCAUGUGGAUUUUUCCAGCGAAGUUUCCACGGCGGUAAGGCUCUGUGAUGGAGCGAUCGUGGUGGUGGAUGUUGUGGAAGGCGUUUGUCCCCAGACUAGGAUAUGCCUGAAGCAGGCUUAUAGUGAGAAUUUGAGAACGGUGCUUCUACUGAACAAGGUGGAUCGAUUGGUGCUGGAGAAGAAGAUGGACCCGUUGGAGGCGUACAAACACUUGUCACAGGUUCUCGAACAGGUAAAUGCCGUGGUUGGGAACAUAUUUGCGUCCGAUGUACUAGCUAAGGAGGAUUUGAGUUCGAAACAUCAGGUGUCGGCUCUGGAGGAAACGGAUGAUUCGCGAAUAUACUACACGCCAGCAAACGGGAAUGUUCUGUUUGGGUCAGCGCUGGAUGGAUGGGGAUUCACGUUGAAGGUGUUCGCCAAACUGUAUCAUGAGAAACUUGGAGUUCCGUUGGCCGAACUGGAGAAUGCGAUGUGGGGCGAUUAUUUCUACAGCCCCAAGAAGAAAAGCAUCGAAAAGGGGGCAUUUGAAAAAGGUCGAAAGCCACUGUUUGUCCAGCUGGUUUUGGAUAAUCUGUGGAACGUGUACGACUUGGUGGAGAAUAGGGACGUUGAAAAGCUAAAAACGAUUUCGGAGAAGCUGGGUGUUGCUCAGACGGCUCGUGAUUUGAAGCAUGCCGACAUUAGAAUUCCAAUUCGAAACAUGCUAUCUCAAUGGCUACCGAUGGAGCGAUCACUGUUGGACCUGGUCGUGAACAUUGUGCCGAAUCCCCGGAUGAUUCCGGAAUCGAAAGCGGAGAAGUUACUUUGUUCGAGAAUGGAAGAUUUCCGGGCAUUCCCAGAACGAACGCAAAGGCUCCAAGAGGAUAUUCGAAAAUGCGACUCGAAGAGCGAAACGUUGAUCGUGUUCAUUUCUAAAAUGUUCCCCGUCGAUCGAAAAUCACUGCCUCGGUUGGUUGGUGAAAGCUUUUCGAAAAUGAACCUAGAUGAUGGUCCGGAAGGGAAUCAAGAACCGACUGUGGCAGAUUCUUGUGAUGAAGCUUUCCUAGCAUUUGCACGGGUUUACAGCGGAACGCUCAGGCGAGGGGACAAUGUGUACGUGAUUGGACCGAAACACGAUCCUAGGAACUUGCUUACGGAAGGAUACGAUCUGGAAGCAUCACCGCAUAUAGCUCAGGUUCAAGUGGAUCACCUGUUUAUGCUGAUGGGUCGCCAUAUGGAGCCGAUAGAAUCCGUCCCAGCGGGAAGCAUUGCAGGAAUUGCUGGCCUCCAGAACCACGUGCUUAAAACGGCAACCCUAAGUAACACACCGUACUGUCCACCGUUUGUAGACCUGCCAGCGAUAGCGACUCCAAUCCUCCGGGUAGCCGUCGAACCGAAGGAUAUCCAAAAUAUGCCGAAAUUGGUACGGGGAUUGAAGCUUCUCAAUCAAGCGGAUGCCUGCGUUCAAGUCCGCAUCCAGGAAAGCGGUGAACACGUUAUCCUAACCUUAGGCGAGGUACAUCUGGAACGAUGCAUCAAAGACCUUCAGGAAUCGUACGCUAAAAUCAAGCUGAACGUGUCAAAACCGAUUGUACCGUUCAAGGAGACGAUUGUGAAAUUCGUUCCUACUUCCGAAGAUAAUCCGGAAGAGGAAGCAGCCAAAGAACGGGAACGGGACAAAACGGUUACCAUCUACACGCCAAACAAACAGAGCUAUAUUAAACUACUUGCAAUUCCUUUGCCAUCCGAAGCCGUUGAACUGCUAGAGCGAAGCAAUCCAAUUCUGAAAGCUCUAGCAAAGGCACAGGAAGCGAAGGAAAUUUCCAACUACCUUAAGGAAUCCUUGCUAGACUUAAAAACCAAACUGAGUAAAAUGUUCGCCGAAAGCGAAACCGAAGAGCUGGACGCCUCAACCGUGGACAAAAUUUGGAGCUUCGGGCCGAAGAAAUGCGGAACCAACAUCCUUCUGAACUGUUCCUCCUUCAAGCACCCACCGGCGUGGCACUUGAGACAAAUCUCCACCGAAACGGACCCAGCCGCAAUCGACAUCCGGUACAAUUUGGAAUCGUCCUUCGUCAACGGAUUCCAGCUGGCCAGUCUAGCUGGGCCCCUGGCCGACGAACCGAUGCAGGGUGUCUGCUUCCUCGUUUUGGAAUGGAACGUCGUCCCGUCGAAUGGGGCCACCGACGAACCCAGUGCCGCUGUAGUAUCCCACGGACCCCUAUCGGGUCAAAUCAUGUCCAUCGUCAAGGAUGGAUGCAAGAAAGCCUUCCAGAACCAACCGCAACGGUUGGUGCAUCCGAUGUACAGCUGUAACAUCACGGUCAAUUCGGAUGUUCUGGGCAAGCUGUACGCCGUGAUCGGCCGGCGGCAGGGACGGAUCCUGUCGGCCGAUCUGAUCGAGGGCAGUGGACAGUUCGAUGUGAGUGCCGUGAUUCCCGUUAUAGAAUCGUUCAACUUUUCCACGGAGAUCCGCAAGCAGACGUCCGGACUGGCCAUGCCGCAGUUGGUGUUUAGCCAUUGGGAGAUUGUCGACAUCGAUCCGUACUGGGUGCCGACGACGGAGGAAGAAUACGAACAGUACGGCGAGAAGGCCGACUUCACCAACAUUGCCAAGGUUUACAUGGAUUCGAUUCGGGAACGGAAGGGACUACCAGUGGAGAAGAAAACCGUCGAACAUGCGGAGAAGCAACGGACGCUUUCGAAAAAUAAGUGAUUAGUUUUUAACUUUGAAACAACGCACUCUGUAAAGUAUUUUUCUAAUGGUUAAUCUGUUAAA